CCUGAUUGCACAUAGUGACGUAGACGCUAACGUAAUGUUCAUUAAGGCAAUAUAUGAUGUUCAAAGGUUAAUGAAUCACACAUUGAAAUAUACAUUGGUUGUCCUUUUCGUAUUGGAAGAAGUGCUAAUAACUUUGAGCGAAUUAUAGGAAAACGAAAAUGUUUAUUAUAAAAAGGACGCUUGAACAUUAUUUACAUUUGUUAUUCAGAGAUAUUUGAUAAAGUAACUUGAAGUAGGACAGUUUGAUACAGUGAGAAAAGGAGAUGGGACCUAAAAAUACAAGAACUUCAGUGAUAAAAAAGAUGGGAACAAAUAAAAGAAGAUGGAACCAUGAGAAGACAUACAGGACAAGGGCUAGGGAGAGAGAAGUUGAUCCAGAUGCCCAUCACUUUCCUGAUGUCUCCAGCCAGUUGAAAGGGGAAGAAUCACUUGAGAUGGAGAAUUUUUCACCACUAAUGUUAACAGAAGAGGACUCUCCAGGGAUGGAAACAAUCUCAUCCUUGCAGGUGUUAAAGGAGGACCUGUUAGUGGCAGAGAUGCCCUCAACCAUUUUUGUAUCAAAAGGGGAUCCACUGGGGAGGGAAACACUUGUAUCUUUGCUAAUGUCAAAAGAGGAUUCAUUGGACAUGGAAAAAGUUGACACCAUGCAGGUGUCAGAGGAGGAUCCACUGGCGACAGUUAUUUCUGAAGAGAAUCCACCGGUGACAGAGACAGUUGUGUCAGAAGAGGAUCCAUUAAGAAUAAAAAAAGCUGUGCCAGCACCAGAGAAAGAUCCACUGGAAGUAGAAACAGCCCUUCACCUGCCUUUGUCAGAAGAGGACCCAUUGGAGACAAACACUGCCCCAACCUUGGUACAUUUAGAAGAGGAUUCCCUAGAGCUUUUGGAGAAGGACCCAUUGAGGACAGAUACAUCUCUGCCCUUGUCAAAAGUGGAUCCACAGGAGGUGGAUAUUGCUCUUCAAAUGGUGCAGUCAGAUAGAGAUCCUCUUGAGAUAGAUACUGUGCCACCCUUACUGGCUACAGAGGAGAACUCAUUGAAAACAGAGUCAUUGCCACCUUCAAAGGCCUCUGCACUUCAACAACCUCAGGAUAUGCUGACACGGAGCCUGUACCAGUCUUACGUGCAGUCCUUCUCAGUGAAAUACUCUGGACAUCAGUCUUUUGAGGCCUUCUUCUCUCAACAACUGCAAGUCACUGGAAGUAAGAUGGACUGCUUAAAUGAGGAUUACCUCUACCAGGAAUACAAAACAUUCUGUAACAAGAAGAAAACAGAUAUUGCAAAGCUAAAUGACAUUAUUUGUCAUCUUGCAUAUUUGGGGUUGCAUGAGACACGUGCCAAUGAAAUGGAUGUAACAUCUCAGAAAUAUUUCCUUGGUAUCAUUUUGGAUUGCACGGUGGACAAGGAAAGGAAUAUUCUUGCCAUAGGAAAAGCCAAUGUUCUUUCUUCAUCAUCCCAGCCUCAGGGUAUCAAAUUUUUUAAGGUUCAACCGGUUGAAGGGAGUCGUGCAAGGGCUGUUCGUUCAUGCAAAGACACAUCUUUAAGAUCAGUAUUACCAACUUUUCCAUGGCAGUACUUAGGUCGUGUGUCAUUUGAAACCUUCUGUCACAAACAUUUGACAAUCACUGACAGUGUUACUGACCAGGUGACCCAAAGUCAUCUGUUUUCAACUUACACAACAUUCUGCCGUGUUCACAAUUACCAGAUUGCCUUGGUGGUGUCAAUUGUGUUUCAUCUUUGGUUUUUAGGAGUUUCCAUAAGAAAAACUGAUGGAAAUGAAUUCAAAUUUUGUCGAUUAGUCAUGCAGACUGAUGAACCCCCAGAUUCAAUCCCAAAUAUUGUAAUAUUUGAUGGUCUCAAAGCAGUUACCCCAAACAAAAACAAUUCUUCUAAUUCAAAUUCAAAAAAGUGCAAUUCUUUCAUUGAGAAAAGUAGCAAAACUAAUCCACCUCAGGUCCAUUCUCAUGUAGCAUCACUUCAUGAAAAAUCUAGCAUGAUUAUAGCUGAACCCAUGGGACUAGCCCAUAUGUGGCAGAAUCAUGGCCGACAGUCAUUUGAGGCAUUCUUCCUGCUGCAUUUGCGUGUUACUAGGAAGAAAAGUAAUGUUAUUCUUCAGCAGGAAUUGAUGUCAGCAUAUGCAGCAUUUUGUAAUCGACAUGAUUCACAAGCUGCAGGGAUGGCAUACAUCCAAUCAUACCUUAAGGAACUGGGAGUGACUGUUGAAGAAUGGAUUGGAUGCAAAUCGAGCCAUUAUGUUUUUCGUGGGUUAAACCUUUUGGAAGAUAAUUUUGACAGGGACAGUGACAGUAGUUCACCGAAGGAAUGUACUCGGCAACCAGAGACAGAUGUGCCCGGGAAUGAAAAAAUUCUUUGUGAUAAGCAACUUCAAAAAAAUCCUUCAACCAACUCAGAACUGACUCCAGAGACAAAUAUUCCAGAUUCUGAUAGUGAGGAGACAGACCCAGAUGAUGAUAAUCAUGAUAAACCCAGUAAAUAUCUUGAGAGAAGUUCAUUAGCAAAAUUUUUCCGCAAGAAGAUAAAAAUUACUGGGAAUAAAAAAGAUAUUGUUACUAAAGAAGUUCUUCUUCUGGCCUACACUGUCUUUUGUAAAAAAAAUAAUCUUCUUGCUGCACCUCCUCACUCUGCAGUCAAGUAUCUUGGCAGAUUAGGAUUUCGUGCCAAAAGAACCAUUAUUGGAAAUUCUCAGAAGUAUCUAUUCUCAGGUUUAAUUCUUCUUUCCAACAUUACCUCAGAGCUGAGAUCAUGGAGAAAGGAGAGAUUACCUCUUGAACUACCUGAUGGUGACAGUCAUCAGGGAAACAAGAAUGAUGAUAAUGGAGUUAUUACUUUAGACUGAGUGGUGAAGUUGAAAUGAAUGAUAUAGAUGUGUCAUUUAAGAAAAAAUUUGCCAUUGGAAGAUAAAUUGGAAGUUGAAUCCAGAAAGGAUAUGAAGCACAUGCCGUAUUUAUUUAUUUCUUAUUUAUUUGUUUCCAAAUGAAAUGGUGAACAAACACUUGGUAUAGUGAGGAAUAUAUUUAAAGCUAUUGUCUAUGGGCUUAGGUAAUUAUGCUCAGUAGAUUGAUUUGAGUGUAUAGACGCCUCAAUCAAUUUAUACUGCACAUUAAAGUAACCCUUGGCAUAAAACCAAGUGAACUGGAUAAAAGCUUAUGAAAGAGCAAUGGUAAAAUCUACGAUAAGGCAUAGAUUUGAUGAGCUAUUGUAAAGGGCGGACUAUUUCCUCAGAGUAAGAAUAAAAACAAAAUAAAGUUUUGGCAAAGUUUGGCUUACAGUACAGUACAGUACUGUAGAAGAAGAGUAUGAGUGUGUGAUCUUAGGAUGCGUGGGAUAUGUACUGUAGUAUACAAAUAUUCCUAUAUGAUUUACAAGUAUACAUAUUACUCUAUUGUCAUUUUAGCCCAUGCACCAUGUGUGUGUGUGUGAAGCCAAUGAAUCUCAGGUAUUCGUUGUCAAUUACUGGUUGCUCCCGGAUAUCUGCUAUGAAAGCUGUGUUGGGCAGAUGUUAUGGAUGUUAUGAGCAAUAGUGUAUAAGUGGAAUUGCAUUUUUGGCUGUUGUUUGUUUGUUUCAUGAAUGACAUGCCUGACGUUGUACACGCCUCCAUACAAAUGUUUGCCGAUGACACCAAGUUAUUUCGGGAAAUCAAGAACCAAGCAGACUGUGAAGAGCUGCAGA